AUCUAAGAAAACUCUCAUGAGUGGACGGAGAUGCCAGAUGGGGAAUGGGAGUGUACUGCGUGGCUGCCAAACUGUCCAUUGACGUCAAUUCAGUCAUUCCGAUCCGAGACACAUACACGAACACAAGGUGCGCUGGUCUCGGCCCUCAAAAGGACAAGAAAGAGGGUCAGCCCCCAAUAUCUGAUGUACCCUGCGUGGUAGCCUGACUGAGAAUCCGGAGUUGAAAGUACAGCGCCAUGGGAUCCGUUGGUGACCAUCAUUGCGAUGUCCUCAUCUUGGGCGGCGGCAUUUUCGGAACCAGCACUGCAUACCAUCUCUCACUCACACACCCCUAUCCUUCAAGGAUAAUUGUUCUCGACCGUGCUCAUGUACCCUCUCCCGAUGCCGCGUCCUCUGACAUCAACAAGAUCGUCCGUGCGGACUACAGCAAAGCGUUCUAUAUGGACCUUGCCUCCGAGGCCAUGGAAUCCUGGACGAAGGACCCUCUUUUAAGAUCAUACUUCCACCAAACAGGCUGGGUAAUGGUGGACGAGAAAGACAGCGAUCUGGCAGAUCGGAUACGCAAGAACUUCCGCGAGAGUGGCCGACCAGACACGUCCGCAGACGUCACGCUUGACGACGUGAAAUCCAAAUGGGGAGGCGUUCUUUCCGGGAUCGAUACCUCGGGAUAUAGCAAAGCAUACACGAAUUCCAGCGCAGGCUGGGCCGACGCGUCUUCCGCGGUCGAAGCAAUGAUGAACAAGGCGAUCGGCGCAGGCGUGAGACACGAGGUAGGAGAAGUUGACCAUCUUGUCAGCGACGGACAGAAGCUCACCGGCGUCCGUACCGCCGACGGUCGCAUAUUUACCGCUGAGAAGAUACUGCUGGCCACGGGCGCGUGGACGCCCUCCUUGAUGGCACCCUUCGAAAAGACAAUGAAAAUUGCCGACGAAGACAGUAUUCAGAAACAAAUUCAAGCCGCGGGCGUCUGCGUGGCCGCGUUCAAGCUCUCCGAGGACGAAGCAAGGCAUUACUCGCAAAUGCCCGUUCUAAUCUAUGGAGCAAAGGGGGAGGUUAUGCCCCCUAACUACGAGCGCCUUUUCAAGUUCACUAAUGCAAACACGUUCCUGAACACGAAGUCUCAUCCGAUCACAGGGCAAGACAUCUCUGUGCCAGCACCAGACCAAAAGUCCGUACCUAGAGCACUACAAAACGAGUCAACCGAAAUCAUUAGACAGCGGGUGCCGGAGAUUCUUGACAAUGGACGGGUGCCAGAUGACUGGCGGCUGUGCUGGGAUGCUGUGUCGCCUGAUCAGAACCAACUUAUCACUCGCCAUCCAGACCCACGGUUAUCCAACCUGUACUUUGCCACAGCAGGGUCGUUCCACAGCUGGAAGUUCUUGCCUAACAUUGGCAGAUACGUAGUCAAUGUCUUGAAUGGUAAGUCCAAUGGACAAGAAAAGGAUAAGGCAUGGGCCUGGAAGAGGACGUGGUCCGAAAGGGGAGCCCACGAAAAGGUCUUGCCGAGGGCGCAAUUGGCGGAUUUCAAGUAAGUUCAGGAAAUACGACAUCAAUGAAAGAUCUCACUUUCUGCUCGACCUACAUGAACACAUAACGUCCUGGCCCAUAUAAUGCA